CAAGCGCCCGCAGAAUGGUAAAUCGCGCAUGCGCACUUCACCCUCCCUCUUUUGGCUCCGCACCUCUUCUGCUAAAAUGGCCAAGCGCACCAAGAAGGUGGGAAUUGUGGGAAAGUAUGGUACCCGUUAUGGUGCCUCUCUCAGGAAGAUGGUGAAGAAAAUUGAAAUUAGCCAGCACGCCAAGUACACCUGCUCCUUCUGUGGCAAGACUAAGAUGAAGAGGAGGGCUGUUGGUAUCUGGCACUGCGGAUCCUGCAUGAAGACUGUUGCUGGGGGUGCCUGGACAUACAACACAACCUCUGCUGUCACAGUAAAGUCUGCCAUCAAGAGACUGAAGGAGAUGAAGGACCAGUAAACUGGGACUUUGUUUUGUACAGAUUAAAACCACCUCGUCUCGGACGCUGCAUUUUCUUUUGUGGCUUGCUGAAACAUCCUGCAAUAAAUUCAAGUCUUGAGAGGGA